GCCAAGCACUCUGCAUGUUUUUGAAGAAAAGGGGGGACAAAACAGGGACAGACGGGCUGAAGGCAUCUCUCUCCUGUCCCAAACCAACGCCAAGGAAUCUACAUUGGCUUUUUUGAAAGGUUUUUUAACAGCAAAGAUGGCGUCCAAACUUAAAUGGCUCAUUUUUGUCCAUCUGUUAUUAAUUGACCAGGCUGUGACUCGAGCCGCACCUCCUCAGCCGCUUGCAAACAAGCGACAAAAUCCCAAAAAUCACAUUGAGGAAGAAGUGAGCAUCAACCACCAGCUAAACCAUCUUAUUUUGGGACCACAACUACCAUUCCAAUCUGCAAACAACCGAAAACAGGAUAGAAGUCAGUCUGCCCUUCGUCUGAUAGCACAACUCAAGGCAAAACUCCAAGAACAAACUCAAUACCUCAACAUUCAAGGCAAAGUUACCUGCGAGGAGCUAGUAGAGGCUAGCACUGUGGACGAUUCACUUUCCUAUGAGUUACCACAAGAGCUGCUAGGGUUAAGUCUGGUGCCAGUUUUGGUGGUGGCAAACUGUCAAAAAGAUGCACAGAUUUUGGUGGAGAAGUUAUACAACCUGCUUGGUAUGUCCGAUACAGAUCAGUUACUCCUUGACCUUGAACGCUUGAUGGAAAGAAAGAUAUCCAAGAUGGUGGCUUCCCCUGCGAAGAGAAACAAAAUUGAACAAAACAUAGACGUUGUCAUGUUUAAUAUUAAGCAACUAGCACAAGACGAGGAUACUGGGGAGAGAUGUGAAGACUGGGCAAAGUUGAACGGCACUAUGUUGAUCGGGUCAACCGUAGAAGGCCCCAACAGCAGUCUGGAAGAGGCAGUGCAACAAUGCGAACACAUGGGGGUGCUGUGUGCGGGGGUAGCACACAGUAAGAACCAACCUGGCAGUUAUCAAGCUGUACUGAAAAAAGGUAGCCGAAUUUUACCAUCUGAUUCCGAAUCGUGGAUACUUCAAUGUCGGGAUUUGGGAAGUCGGGUGAAACGAAGUCCUCGGAAAACCUGCGUCAAUAGAAGUGAACAGCGAGUUUAUAAAGUAAUGGAAUGGAUCCCCGCUGUUAGCACUUUGUAUAAUUUGGGCACGGCUGUGUACUAUGCUUCAGUCAAUUGCUCGGAAACUGCGAAAGAGAGAGCGAUUUUGUCAGCUGUAGAUUUGGGUACGGAUGCGUUGAUGGUGGUCACGGGGGGUACGGCUGGGGUAGCGGGGUAUGCGCUCGGGGCAGGGGUGAAAACGGGAGUCAAAGCAGGGGUAAGGUACAUGAUGAAUAUGAAAGAGGAGGAUGAUGUUUUGGUAAAUCAGUUCAGCUGGGAGGAUGAUUCUGUGGUGUUUCAGCCGUAAUGUCAAUACAAAUUGACAGGCCUGUCACGAUAUAUCGAAAAUACAGAUGAUAAUAUUGAAACUAGUUUAUGCUACUGACGCAAUAACCCCAAAAACUACCCUAAAUAAAGAAUGUGGCAAAAAAAAAAAUAAAAAUAAAAAUCCCCCCCAAAAAACAAAAAACACAAAUUGAAAUAAAUACAUAAAUAAAUAGCAGAAUGCGACACUUAAGUAGUUAGUUUAUAUUUAUAAUAAGUCAAUAGUAAUAAUAGUAGUUAUUUAUUCAACCCUGUACAACUCAUAUCUUAUCGUAGUACAAAAGAAAAUAACAAAAAGACCCCCACUAGUACACAGAAAAGUAUCGAACCUCAAAAAUGAUAAUUCCAUCUAACACAUAAAUAACAUACAUAAAACAAAGCAAUGAAGAAUAGAUGGGGUUUUAAUAAUAUUGUGAAAUUUUAUCCACACAUAAUUUUAGUUAUAACACUUUUCAUUCCUCUGCAUCUUUCAAUGCUACAGUCUACCAACAAUAAAAUAGCUGAAAGCAUAUGACAAAUUACAAAAACUCAGGAAAAUGAAAAUUUGUGGAGUAUCUCUUUGGCCUGUCUGUCAUAAUGUCUAACUCUUUAGUCCUCCUUUACACUCUAUUUUAAUUGAGAUUUUAACUAAGAUUUAAACACGUGUGACAUACCCUCUUCAGUGGAUUUUAGCAGACAGGUCAUAUUUCUCUGUGUGCAUGAUUGACAACAACUACAUUCCUCUCUCUGGCUCCCCGCUUCUUAUCCUUUCCCAAAUUUUUGUCACUCUGAAAAUGUACAGGCUAAACUGUUAUGUCUAGAGGCUAGAACUAUUUUUAAAAAUGAAAAACCAUAGCAUUGAUGAUUCUUACUCUUGUUAUGAAACUGUAUAUUUUGUUUUUUAUACUGUAAGCCUAUGGUAUUUCUCAGUAAAAAUCUAAUAUUAACCUCA